AAAAAAAAAAUUUAUUUAUAUUGCCAAAAAUAUUGGGACACCCCCUCCAAAUCAUUGGCUUCAGGUGUUCUAAUCACCUCCAUGGCCACAGGCAUGCAGACUGCUUCUACAAAAAUUUGUGAAAGAAUGGGUCGCUCUCAGGAGCUCAGUGAAUUCAAGCGUGGUACUGUGAUAGGUUGCCACCUCUGCAAUAAGUCCAUCCGUAAAAUUUCCUUGCUACUAAAUAUUCCAUGGUCAGCUGUUAGUGGUUAUAAUCAAGUGGAAGCAACUGGGAACAACAGGUACUCCGCCACGAAGUGGUAGGCCACGUAAAAUGACAGUGCGGACAGCACAUGCGGAAGUGCGCAGAAGUCACCAACUGCAGGCAAUAGCUAAAGACCUCCAAACUUUGUGUGGCCUUCAGAUUAGUGCAACAACAGUGCUUAGAGAGCUUCAUGUAAUGGGUUUCCAUGACCAAACAGCUGCACCUAAGCCU